AUGGCGUGCUUUUCCCAAAGACCGGACGAGUUCAAGCCGGAGCAUGAAACAUGGUCUGCCUACGUGGAGCGCAUGGAGCUGCUGUUUGAGGCUCAUGAUGUGGACGAUGGAAAGAAAGUUCCCGUCUUGUUGAGCUCAGUCGGCGCAGCGACGUAUGGUCUUCUACGCAACCUGGUUCAGCCUGACAAGCCAAAGGACAAAACUUUUGAUCAGGUUGUGACCAUUCUACGAGACUACUAUGAACCAAAACCUUUGGUCAUCGCCGAGCGAUUUAGGUACCGUAAAUGUGUCCAGAAGAGCGGCCAGACAGCGACGGAAUAUGCUGCUGAGCUGCGCCAACUCGCUGCGAAGUGUGAUUUCGGGGACAGGCUGGAUGAUGACGGAUUUGUCAGCGGGGUCAGUUCUGAAGCAUGCCAGCGCAAAUUGCUCUCAGAGGAUAGGCUGACUUUUGCGAGAGCUGUGGAGCUUGCGGUUAACAUGGAGACAGCCCACCGAGAUGCCCAGCAGUUGCGGACAGGUGAUGACGUCACCGCUGUUCACAAGGGCAGCAGCGUCGCACUGAAGGGCUACUCAGGAGAGACCAUUCCAGUGAAAGGACAGUUCAUUGCAAAAGUGACUUAUGGAAAUCAGACUGCUGAUCUACCACUGAUAGUAGUGGCCGGAGGAGGUCCUUCACUGUGUGGGCGAGAAUGGCUGGAUCAAAUCAGACUGAACUGGAAAAUGAUUAAAAAAGUCACAGAAAGCACAACCAAGCCCAAGUCAAUCCAAGAUGUGUUGGAUAAAUAUGCUGAUGUUUUCAAAGAUGAGUUGGGAACAUUAAAGGGCAUUAAAGCAGCAAUUUUUGUGAAACCUGACGCAGUUCCAAAGUUCCACAAAGCCCGUGUCCUGCCCUUCGCAAUGAAAGAAAAGGUAGAUAAAGAACUGGAGCGCCUGGAAAAGGAUGGCGUCAUCAGCCUUGUGAAGCACAGCGAGUGGGCUGCUCCAGUGGUCCCUGUAACCAAGAAGGACGGUGGACUCCGCUUGUGUGGCGACUAUAAGGUAACUGUGAACCUGGCUACAAACACUGAAACGUACCCACUACCACGCAUUGAAGAGGUUCUGGCAGCAUUAUGUGGGGGGAAGAUAUUCUCUAAAAUCGACCUGGCAGCCGCGUACCAACAAGUCCUUCUAGAUGACGAGUCAAAAAAGUAUACAACUGUGAACACGCAUAAAGGACUGUUUGUGUACAAUCUGCUUUGCUUUGGCAUUAAUUCUGCUGUCAGUAUUUUCCAAAGGAUCAUGGAGAACGUGAUGAGAGACCUCAACGUCCUGGUUUACUUGGAUGACCUGCUAGUGAUGGGCAGGGACGAAGCUGAGCAUCUGCUGAACCUGGACAGAGUUCUACAGCGGCUACAAGAAAACGGCCUGAGAGUAAAAAAGUCAAAGUGUGACUUUGGGAAAACACAAAUCGAGUACCUAGGUCACAUGUUGGAUGAAAAAGGAGUUUAUCCUUCUAAAGACAAGGUCAGAGCCGUGCAUGAUGCUCCAACGCCCACAAACAUCAAAGAGCUCAGGGCUUUCCUAGGGCUAGUGAACUACUACGGUCGCUUUUUGCCGCAGCAAAGUACUGUUUUGGCCCCACUCUACAAACUGCUAAAAGACCAAACAAAAUGGAGGUGGAGUAAAGUGGAACAGAGCGCUUUUGAUAAGUGCAAAGAAAUGUUGACCGGUGACAAGGUGUUAGUUCACUAUGAUCCGAGCCUGCCGCUUUCUCUUGCAUGUGAUGCUUCAGCGUACGGAAUUGGAGCCGUUAUUCAGCAAACAACGCAUGACGGACAAGAGCGUCCAGUAGCCUAUGCUUCUCGUACACUCUCACCGGCGGAAAAGAACUACUCACAGAUAGAAAAGGAGGCGUUGAGCCUGGUGUAUGGAGUAAAGAAAUUCCAUCAAUAUCUGUGGGGGCGGAAGUUCAAUUUGAUCACCGACCAUAAACCGCUGCUCACGCUGUUUGGAGAACAUAAAGGACUUCCAACAAUGGCAGCAGCGCGCAUACAGCGGUGGGCUAUCAUACUGUCUGCCUAUGAUUACCACAUAAUCUACCGCCAGUCAGACAAACACGGCAACGCAGAUGAGCAAAUUGUCACAGACAACGCCACGACCUUCAUGUCAGAGGAGUUUCAGCUCUUCAUGAAAAGGAACGGUAUCCUUCACACAACUGGUGCACCGCGGCAUCCAGCUACCAAUGGCCUCGCUGAGAGGUAUGUUGCUACAUUCAAAGCAGGCAUGAAGAAGCUGGACGGAGAGGACUUGAAUGUUGAGGACAAGGUCUCACAUUUCCUACUGCGGUAUCGCACAACUCCCAACAGUGCGACUGGAGAGUCACCCGCAGAUUUGCACCUAAAGAGACAUGUGCGUUUGCGGUUGGAUUUCCUAAGGCCAAACAUCGCCAUGAGGGUGCGGAGGAGGCAGUAUCAGAAGAAGGAGGAGCACGACAGUCGGGCUACCGAGAGACAGUUUGAUGUGGAUGAUCCUGGAGAGACAACUGACCAAGUGUACAGACGUCACGGAGACCAGUUGCGACAUCGGUAUCCUCAGGAGGUUUCAGACCCAGAGCCUCUAGGAGCAACUCAGUCAGCGGAUCAGGAGAGUAACCUUGCUGGGCCAGUCUCCACAGCACCUGCUCCACAACCGUUUACGUUGGACCAGCCUGAGCCGCCUGAUCCAGAAACAGUGACUUUAAGGCGCUCGGAGCGUACGGCUAGGCGGCCGUCACGCUACAGAGACUAA